CUAGAGAAGGCUUAGGUCGGUCCAACGAAGGCCCUCCUCCCAGGAUAGCCCAGAGAAGGUCCGUAGCGAUCUUGGCACAAGCCAUUCUGGCUCAAGUGGGCAGCUGUGCGCCCAAGUUCAGUGCUACCGCAAAAGUUCAUAACCUCCUGAGUGGUCAUGAUGAUGUCUCGGCAGACGUCGGCAGCGAUGACCCUGAUUCUGGCAGUGGACUUUGUGACGCUCUCCCAGGCAAGGGUUGGUGGCAAAGAGAAGGGCGGCGCUUGCGAGUGUCAGAACUGGGCGGACGUCUACUACAGAAGCCUUGCUUCAUGCGGUCGCGCCAACGAGCUGUAUUUCCUCAGCAAGUGGGGCUUCUCGGCUGCAUAUGCUGCGACCGAGCCCAUCACUGGCUUGCCCCACAAAGUCUGCGCGGACUUCUUCAAGAACUUCCUGAGCACAUCCUGUGUGAACGUGGACCUGCUCGGGGGGUCCAAGCCCACCAACCGCUCUGGUCAGCAGUGGUGCUACGUUAGCAACGACUGCGAUAAUCUCAAUGGCGGCGAGUACGCUUCGAAUCAGAUAGGUUUCGCCCAGGGUGCCUGGAACAAUCUGCAAAGCGCGAGCACUCUGGCCUGGAAGAUCUGCGAGCCAACUGCAGACGCCAUGCUGAAGCACAUGUCAGUCCAAGAGGUCAUCGAUGCCGCUACCGAGAGCGACGUCAGCUUGUCUCGGAUCCUGCGCUUGGCCUACCCCGCCGUCAACAUCACUUACGGCGAGGCCGCCGCCUACCUGGAGGCCGUCAACGACGCCUACUCCAACACCUCGACGCUGGAGGAGAUGGUGGACUCCGUCGACGCCCCUGCCCCCGUCUGGGGCAGUGCCGCCGCGAGCGUCCACGCCCGCCUGGCCACCGUGGUGAAGUCCGAGCAGGCCACCAUACUCGAUUCGCCGGGCCACGGCGACAACUUCCACGUGGUUCAGGGCCGCGCGGUGUACGAGGUCAAGAGGGUCCCGAACGGCAACAUGGCGUACCUGGGCGGACACUUCGCGGACGAGUUCACAGUCUCUUGCAUCCUGGGUUGCGCCCUGGCCGAGCGCCUCGACGCGGUCGACUUGGAGACGCUCUGAUGCCGGCCGGCGGGGCACGAGACGGAACGUGUGCACAGCGAGGCGCUCCACCGAUGCCUAGAGUGUAGAGGAGGAGGCGGAGGAGGGGACAUGUGGAGGAAAUGUGGCAUGGGGGGAACGUGAUCGUAGGCUUGCUGCUUGGGCAUCGUUUUUGGAUCCUGCGCCCCUUUUUGCCGCGCCGGCCACUGCCGCGCCUCGCCGUUGGGCUCGGCGCGGGCAGGACUUAGUUGGCUGCGCGCAACAAAAAUGAUAUAGCCCAGAGAAUGCCUCGGAACGCGGAUGUGGGCCCAGGGAAGGCCUCUCUUCCAUGCGUAGGCCUAGGUCGGUCCGGGGAAUGCCUGGAAGGCUCAGGUUGGCCCAGGGAGGGCCCGACGACGUGGCUGGGCGCGAUGUGGCGCCCCCUCCCGCGCGCGGCAGACCAGCAGAAGUGCGCGCCCCGCUCCGGCCCAAGCGC